ACCCUAACAACUACUGAGACUGAGUUGGGCUAAGAGGAAAAGCAAAAGCAAAUGGGGCAGAAGCAGAAAUCGAAUUCCGAUUCCAACAACGACGUGAAAAAACGACGCCGUGUUGGCUUCUCAGGCGUGGAUGUUGGAGUUGAAGCCAAAGACUGCAUCACAAUCUAUUUAGUUUCAAGUGAAGAAGAAUUCAACUUUCCAGAGAGUUCUGUCAUUCAUCCUGUGGAUUUGAAUAGCUUUUUUGAUGAUGAUGGGAAAAUUUAUGGUUACGAGGGUCUUAAGAUUACCAUCUGGGUUAGCAGUAUAUCAUUCUAUGCUUAUGCUGAUAUUACAUUCCAAAGCUCAUCUGAUCGAGGAAAAGGCAUAACAGAUCUAAAAUCUGCUCUUCAGACAAUUUUUGCUGAGACUCUUGUUGAUAGCAAAGAUGAAUUCCUGAAAAAGUUUUUGGUAGAUAAUGACUUUGUUAGAACAACCAUUUCAAAUGGAGAGGUUUUGAAACACAAAGCUUUCCAGGGGCACAUCCAUGAUGAUUCUAAUCAGCAUAAAGAUUUAAAUUCUUCUAAUGUUGAGGUUGUUCGUAUGGUGGCAGGCAACAUGGCUACCGGACAACUUUACAGUCAUCUAAUACCCAUUACACUUCUUCUUGUUGACGGUAGCAGCCCUAUUGAUGUUACUGACUCACAUUGGGAGUUGUAUCUUGUGAUUCAGAAGAAAACUGAUCAGCAGGAAGAGAUCCAAUGUAGGUUGAUAGGUUUCACAGCAGUUUAUCGAUUUUACCACUAUCCUGAUGAUUCCAGAUUGCGACUAAGUCAGAUACUGGUAUUGCCACCUUAUCAACGCAAAGGUUAUGGUCGGCUCCUUCUAGAGGUGCUAUAUGAUGUAGCCAUAUCUGAAAAUGUUUUUGACUUGACUGUAGAAGAGCCAUUAGAUCAAUUCCAACAUGUCCGCACAUGUGUUGACACACUCCGCCUGCUUCGUUUUGACCCAAUCCAGCAUUUCAUUACCAAGGCUGUUUCAUUUCUAAAGCAAGGAAAGUUAUCAAAGAAAACACAUUGUCCACGUCUCAUGCCACCUUCUAGCGCUGUUGAGGAUGUAAGGAAAAGUCUGAAAAUUAACAAGCAGCAGUUUCUCCAGUGCUGGGAGGUUUUGAUCUACAUUGGCCUUAAUCCUGUAGACAAGGACAUGGAGAACUUUGUUAGUAUUGUUUCCAACCGUGUGAAGUAUGAAAUUUUAGGGAAAGAUUCUGGGACGUCUGGAAAGCAACUUGUUGAAGUGCCAAGUGAUGUUGAUCCGGAGAUGUCAUUUGUCAUGUUUAGAUCUGAGGCUAAUGAAGCUAAUACUGUGCAGAUGGAUGACAAUCAGACAAAUCAAGAAGAGCAACUCCAGAAGUUAGUUCAGGAUCGGGUGAAAGAAAUACAGUUGAUUGCAGAAAAGGUGACCCUACAUCUCGGGAGCUCAGACGUGGCCAUUAAUUAAAUUUGACUUCUUAAGAUGGCAUGAUACGACAAGGUUAUGCAUCUAUGAUAUUGUGAUUGUUUUCUUGUUAAACCAAUUGGGGUUUGUAUUUCUGGCGGUCACAUUAUUAUCUUGGUAGAUAUUUCUGGCUUUGACAAUAUCAAGCAAAGAGGACUCCUUGGAGGCACAAUCAGUACUGUACUGUGGUUCUUUUUACUAGGUUGUGAAGGAACCAUGCAAUGUAUUAGGCUGUAAUUACUGAGAUUAACCACAGCAAAGUUGAUUAAGUGACAUUUGGAGGAUAUUGUUCACUUCUAAUUUGUCUUGCUCGUUAUUUUUUGCUGUGCACUACAAUCGUUGUCAGGAUCAUUUCAGUGGGUUUGGGACAA